AUGACAACCUACAGUCUAGCCGAUAACGCUUCCGUCCUUUCUCGUUAUCCCAUCAUUGAUCGGACCGACCUGCGCCAUCCCGAGUUCUAUGCGGCCGUCGAAAACGAACAGACUCGAGAAAAUCGUUUUCUUAGCGCAAUAGUUUCUCGCAGGCGAAGAUCCUCAGAUACACGCGGCUCCUCUCAGAUAUCGGUUCCCCAGCAAAAAGUCCGGACACCUCCAAACUGCGGACCAAACGUCAUGGGGGGUUGGUCCGUUCUGACAAGGCGGGUCUGGCGACCCAGUGAGUUUCGCUUCGAAACGUUGUUCGAAGUUCCCGUCAUUUUCGUCUGCCCACCCUCCAAUACAAGGGGGCCGAUUAGGAACCAGCCCAUCUAUUUCGUGGCCGGAACGCCGGACAGCAUGGAACACACGAGGGCACUGCUCCCAAGGGAAGAACAGCGAAUCCAGUCAACGCCCGAGAGCCAAGUGCGCACAGCCGAUAACGAGAGGGCGUCCUGGGUAACGCUACUCUCACACCUCCAGUUGAUGGAACGAGAGAGUCAGGAGUGGGAUCAGCCGCUGCUGCUUUACAGAAGUGGUCCGCAGUUGGCGUACCCCAUUGGAUUUGGUGAGCGCACUCUAGCCGUCGCAAUCCAAGCCAAGACGCGGAGCUGGGACACGAUACCAGCUCACGUCAAGAAGCCCUACGCGACGACGGCCUUUUGCCACCUUCUCGAGAUCGCCGCUAUGAUGGGGAUAUACUGGAAGGAAUUUGAUCGGUUGAAAGAGCGGUAUCAGGCGGAGGGCAACGGAUACAUUCUCACAGGCGCCCAUAUUCCAGAUCUGGGCCUUAUGUUCACGCUCCAGAUCUCCGGUAAAAAUAGAUUCCAGGAGAAUAGGGUGAUCCCAGUGGACGAAGUGAAGGAGCUCUGCUGCGGCUUUGUGUCAACCCUGUUCCACGAUAUUAAGAGGGGUCAGCGCCAGGUCGACCUUCCCAACAAAGAUCCUAAGAACCUCGACUUCCUCCAGCUUGGCAGUAGAAAUGAGAUCGCUGAGACUAUGGUGUUGAUUGGUUGUAAUACCGAUACCACCAACUACUUCCGCUCAAACGAUGCUAAACAUAGCCAUCUUUUUCCAGUCCCCUUCGAGCUCCUAGGAAUGCUGGGAAAGACGUUGCACAUAUGGCACAGUGCCUUCCGGAUGCUGCCGAAUCCUACGCCGUACGCCUGGGACAAGAACUUCUUUGACCUCCGCCAGCUCGUGGAGGAGUACUUGAAGAAUAUUACCGACUCGGACUUGGACCUCUCCCUAGUGCCGGGAGUCCACGUGCUGGAACAUGCCGCUAAAAAGCUGGUUCAGACGCUGCACCAAGAUGAGAGGGCCCAGAACCCCGGCUACUCUCCACCACUACUUAAUACCCUACACGAUAUCCUGGAUAGCUGUGACGACGUGCUCAAAGCGAGUGACAGGAAUCUUGUCCUGAUAGUGAUCCGGGAACAUUUUCAGGAAGUUCUCAAGCUCAUCAAUGAAGUGAGGAUGAUUACCAACAAGGAUGAUGACGAAAGUGCCGUGUCGCAGCAAGGGGAGGAUUUCAGCAAACUCACAGCAGCUAGCCCAGAGCUGCGCCAGGAGGUCUUUAUGCAGCUCUACUUCUCCAAGGUCCUCCGUCAUGUCAGGGAGCGUGCCGUGGUGUUGUACCGAUUGCCGCAGCCGUCCUCGACUGACUCCAGCCGUGUCCAGCCGGAGGCCGACCUCACCGAUAUCCGAUCGCAGGCCUCGGCCAUAUGGUGCACGCUUGUCCUACGAAUGAUGUGCUGGCUGCUUCUCCACGAUUUCGAUAAGAAGGACGUCCAGAUACCAAAGAGCGAGCUAUUCGGCAGUCGGCUUCCUGUGUAUAUCGGCUGA